AUGAGGAGAUGUAAAGACGACUGGGUCAAUGCUACGCAAAUUUUGAAGUGUUGUAACUUUCCGAAGGCUAAGAGAACGAAAAUCUUGGAGAAGGGAGUGCAACAAGGAUUGCAUGAAAAGAUCCAGGGAGGGUACGGUAGAUUUCAAGGGACAUGGAUCCCGUUAGCAGAUGCGCAGAGGUUAGCUGCUAGCUAUGGUGUGACGCCAGAUUUGGCUCCUGUGUUGUAUCUUGACACCAGUGAUCCAAAUAUGGUUAUACCCAAAAAGGUGAAGCAGGUCAACAAGGACGGGACACCCGUCAAAAGAAAGUACACGAAAAAGGCCAAGAAACCAGAGGAUACCCCAUCGAAGAAGGUGAAGACUGAUGGGCUCCAGGGCCAUCCACAAGAGUUUAAUCCACAAAAUUCCUUUGAAUCGCUCUCCCGAGCCCAACCGCAUAUGUCUCAAAAUUCACAGCUUGGUGCAUCAUCACAACAAUUGCAGUACCAAAUGCCUCCAGGUGGUCAACAGAUGCCUCCUACAUUCACCCAAACUGACUUUAUGAAUAUGGGAAAUGGUAUGCCGACAUUCACAGCUCACAACCAAGCAAUUCAAAACGAAUUCCAGAAUUAUCAAAUGCAAUUUCAAAGGUUUCAGCAUCAACAGCAACAACCUCAGACUCAAGCACAACAAAAGUUUUAUCGUGCAGGUGCUCCAUAUACAGUUCCUGGUAUGCCACCUCAAGCACAGAUGGUCGGAGGCUUUCAUCACGCAAAAUUGCCCCUGUCCCAAUCUACCAAUGAGACCAAUUUAUCACAAGACGAGCAUCAGAAAGAUUCGGAUACUUCUCUAUCAUCCAACGAAGAACAAUUCAGUGGUGACGUUAAAUCCAAUAUGUACACGAUGAAACUGGGGAGUCACUUAACUGGAGAGAUUGAAAGCCCUAAAGAUCAUGAAGAAUACAAUUCCUAUUCAGCACAACUAUUGAAAUUUUUUAGUGAAGAUAAUUCCAAUAUUCCGUACUUCCUUCAUAAUCCACCCUAUGAUUUUAAUAUAAACGAAGCCAUCGAUGACGAAGGUCACACUCCUUUACAUUGGGCAGCUUCUAUAGGAAACUACGUUUUGAUUCAUUUGCUUAUUUCAAAAGGUGCCAAUCCUUUGGUUGUAAAUAGUUUUGGAUUAAACCCUUUAUCUAAAUUGAUAUCAUUUAACAACUGUUUCGAGUUGAAGAACUUUCCUAAGGUUUUAGACGAUCUUGAACUAUGUUUAAUAAAUACGGAUAUUAAUGGAAGAACUCCAUUACAUUAUUUGUGUCAAUUUUCAAAAGUUAAAUCGAAAUAUGAAAGCUUAAGGUACUACUUGGGUAUCAUAUUAGCCAAGUUAACCUCAUUAUCCAAGAAUGCAAACAACAAGUCAGUAAAUUUAUUGAAAAAUGUUGUGGAUCACCAAGAUGUCAAUGGUGAUACUUGUUUACAUUUGGCUGCUAAAUUCGGGUCCAAUAAAAUUUUCAAAUUCUUAAUAGGAUAUGGCGCAAGAGAUGAUUUAGUCAAUGUAAACAACGAAACACCAAGAUAUUUGAAUAUGCAAUAUAAUCUUUUAAGCAAUGGAAAUGAAUUUGAUCAACAGCAAUAUCAACAGUUAUCAGGCUCACAGCGUGAUUCGCAAGAAAUACAGCAUGAAAAUCAACACUCAACCACACAACCCGUACAAAAUCAAAUAUUGGCAACUCCUAUUCAACAUAAUUACCGCAGCAAUGCUAUUGAAACUCCAGACACACAACGAACAACUGUUCAAGAUGACGAUAUAGAUGAUGAAGAGGAUUCAAUCAAUGCUAGAGUUAACAAGGAACAAUUAGACCAGUUGAUGAAACAAUCACAAUCUAGCAAUGUCGAAGACAACAAAGAGAAUAUAUUCAUCGAUGAUUCUUUGAAGUCCUAUAACCAGAUGUCAACCCCAGUGCGAAAUCCAAAGACUAGUUCUAACUUAUCUACCUCAUCAUCUCAUCAACCAUUGGCCGUUAUUUCCGAAAGAACUGUAGAGAAUACUCCUAUAAAGAAUGAGGACAAGAAGUUUGUUUUAGGAUCAUCUAUUAUGCAAACUCACAAGCCUCACCCUCCAAAAUUAGACGAUGAAGGUAGAAUUAUAGAAGAUUCGAAAGAAGUCGAGGAAUCCGGAGAUAUUGAUCUGAAAACACUUCUGAUGACUGAUUUAUCAUCCAUGGUUACUGGAAUGAUCAAUUCGUUAUCAGACUCAUAUAGUCAAGAAUUAACUCAUUUAAAAGCAACUUACAAGAAACUUCAAGCAGACUUGGCAGAAAAGGAAAAAUCCAAUGAUAAAUCACUUCAUAAAUUUGAGGCCUUAUUGAAAAAAGGUGGAAUCGAUAACUUCGAGAGCAUUGAGCAAGGCAAGGCUGUAUUACAAGACGAAAUCAAACUUCAUGAACAAGAGUUAAAUGGUAAAGAAGUUGCUUUGCUUCAAGCAUUGGAGAAGACUCAAGCUUAUCACCUAGCCAACUUAGUUGAAAAGCACGAACUGAACGCCGAGAACGAUGAUGGGGAUGAUACUGGGGACGAGUUUAAAGACGAGGAAAGAUUGAGUUUUGCAAUCGAAUUGACGAAUCUCCAAUUGCAAAGAAAUAAAGUAAUCAACGAACUUACCAAUAAAAUAAAGAAUUACGGGAUUGAUUCUAAGAUGUACAAGUAUAGAAAGUUGAUUAGUUUGAGUUGUGGCUUGAAAGUAGAAGAUAUUGAUGGCUUAAUUGAUGGCAUUGAAGAAUCCUUGAUGGAAACUUCAAUGACUUAA